CUUCAACCAGAGGAUGCUGAGGAGUUGUGCCACGUAGCCAGGUACCAGGCAGGUGAUGGUCCCACAAAACCAGCCCAGAUGCCCAUGGGAAAGCUUCAGUGGGACAUGGCAAUGUCAGCCAAAGCCACGGGCAUAUUCCUCCUGCUUCUUGUUCUGCUGGCAGUACCCCAGGCUGCUCCAGAGUCGGACACGGUCACGUGUCGGAAGAUGAAGGGCAAGUGUUCAUUCUUGCUGUGUCCUUUCUUCAAGAGAUCCACUGGUACCUGCUACAAUGGACUGGCAAAGUGCUGCAGACCCUUUUGGUGA